AGACUCCUUGCCAACACUAGCUUGGCUGGGUGCUCUCUCCAGGUGCUAGGGCUGACGGAGUGACUCGCGACAGGUCGGACGCGGCGAGGCUUGCAGCAGCGGGCCCAGCAGCAGCCGCAGCAGUGCGACAAGAGGCAGCAGCAGCAGCAACAACGAGAACAGCAGCAGCAGUGAGACCUUCAGCAGCAGCAGCAGCAGCAGCCGCGAACAACAACAAAAGCGGCAAGCAGGCUAUACCACCACCACCGCUCGAAGAGAGAAGGGAAAGAACGCCAGCGACAUGGGAGUCCCAAAGUUUUACAGAUGGAUAUCCGAGCGCUACCCGAAGAUCAACCAGAUCGUUUCGGACUCUACCCUCCUUCCGGAGUUCGACAACCUUUACCUAGACAUGAACGGGAUCCUGCACACGUGCACGCAUCCCAAUGAUGACGGGCUCAGUGCUCAGGUGGGUCUGGUUUGA